GGGAGUUCUAGGUCCCCAGUUGUGCAGUUCAACCUGCGAGGACAUGCAGUGAGUGGUAUGUCUUGUCUCCGCUGAUAAAUUACUAUCGCCCAUCUAACAGUGUGUGUAUGUGUGCGUGUGGGUUUGUGAGACUGUGUCGACUAUAGCAUUACACAGCGUGGUACAGAAAAUCGUAACAUGGCUGAUUCGAAGAACACUGGGCAGCCAGAAGACAAGCGUCCAAUCCCUGACUGGAUCGACGCCGCCUUGUUGCAGCAAGCGCUGCGCAACGGCGGGGAAGAGAACUCUCAAGUGACAGACAUCUCCGUGAGCUACGCCACCUCCCCUGGAGACAACUAUGGCAGCACCAUCUACCGAGCGAAGGCCACACUCUCCGACGGGGGGCAGCGUUCCUUCAUUGUUAAAGGCCCCGCGCCCGGGGCGAAUAUUUCCAGCCUCGCCACGGACUUAGGGGUUUUCCGGAGGGAGACGUUAAUGUUGGCAGAGGUCAUCCCAAAGAUGGAGGCCCUGUUAGAAGCAGCAGCCCCAGGCCGGUAUCCACCCUUGGCUCCACGUUGCUACCACCACGGCACCUCCCCCGUGGAGUUCCUCGUGCUGGAGGACCUGGCCCCUCCCGGCUUCAAGAUGGCGGACCGGAAGCGAGGCCUGGGGUUGAAGCACAGCCUGCUCGCGCUUCGGACCCUGGCCCGCUUCCACGCCGCCUCCUACACCGUGCUGCAACGGGAGCCCGGGCUUGCGGAGAAGCUGGACAACAUCUGGAGGACCAUGUCUUUGGGUUUGACCGGCUAUGUGGACGCAUUAACCCGUGGCGCGGUUGAGGUGUGUCGCAGCUGGCCUGGCUUCGAGGAGUAUGCCGAGCGGCUGGAGAAGUUCAAGAAAGUUGCAAUGGAUACAUAUGUUAAAUUAAAUGAACCUCAACCUGGAGCAUUUAAUGUCAUCACUCACGGUGACUACUGGAUCAUCAACUUCCUGUUCAGAUAUGAAGAUGGAGUUCCCACAGAUAUUCGAGCUCUUGACUACCAGGCGCCGCCGCUGGAGGCGCUGCGGUCCGCCCUGGACUUCCACGGGCCCUUCUCGCUGUUCGUGGCGCUGGCGAAGCCCAUCCUGGUGGCGGAACGAGGAAACAACACGGAGACCAUGAUGACAGGCGACCACUCGCAGCUGAUGCCUCUUUACCAGCACCCUGACGUAGAGAAGUGGCUGCAGCGGGUGAUACCAGACUAUGCUCGUAGGGGUUGGUUGCCUGAAUUAUCCUAGAGGGACGUCGGAUGAUUUCGAAGUAUUUUGUAAUGAUAAUGCAAGUUUUUCGAAAUACCAUUCCAGCCUGCAAUACGGCGGAGAUGGUUUAAACAAAAGUUUGAACUGUCGGAUUGUCCUCGUAGGGGUUGGCUGCUACAUUCAUUCUAACCGAGAAAGGGUAUGAUUUCAAUGCAUUUUGUUAGUACAAACAUUUCCAUUAGGUGAAUACAACGACCUGAAUGUAUUAUUGCUCCUUCGAAAUAACUACAAUAUAAAUUUCCAUGUUGUAGCUGAAUUUCACAGCUAUUUGUGGUCAUUUUCCGAUCCAAGUCUACCUCAAUUGUGUACUAUUCAUUUAACAACUCCCGAAAAAAAAGUCAGUAUAGAAUUCUCAUAUUUUUUAAUGCAUCACAAAAGAAACAAAAACAUGACUGAUGAAAAUGCAUUAUUGUAUGCAAUGUAUUGCAAUAUACGAUCUUGUAAUGUUAAUACAAUAAAUUAUUGUUAUUAAUUAGAAAUAUUG